AUGCUUGCUGCCGAUACUCAUUCUCGAUUGUAUUGUGUUCAUUAUGUACCAUCAAAUAUUGAUUGUCCAGAUUGUCGUUUAACUGAAAAAGACUAUAUAAAUCGACCACUCUAUGCUCCUCUAUAUGUUCCUCUACCGAAUUUAUCUACUGUACUUGAUAAUUCACAGCUCAAAUUACCUAAUACAUUUUAUGUACCAUUCAAUGAGAAAAAUAAUAAUUUUACCAGAUCUUUACUAUCAGAUGAUUGUGUCGAAAUAAAGACAAAGAAUGGCAUUGUUCGAAUACCUCGAUCAACACUUGUUCAUCGAUCUCGUUUGAAUGAAUCUCCUACAUAUAAUAAUCAAUUGUCAAUGAAAAGUUCUGCUUGUAAUUCACAACAAGCAUUUCCUGAUGAUUUUCAAAAACAUUCACAUCGUUUUACACGUAGUUUUAGAGAAUAUGAUUAUAUCGAUGCAUGUUGGUCAUCAUAUGCAUUAUGUUCAGAUGAUGCAUACAAAACACUUAAUACACCCAUUGUUUAUAAUAAGAAAAUUAUUGAUCCUGAAGUUCUAUUACCACUUGAUGCUGAAUUACUCUAUUAUUCAAUACAAUCAGCAAAACGUCAACAAGAAAAACAACAAAAAUAUUCAUCAGAAUCUAUAUCUGUUCAACAACAGCCACAAAUAAUAGAAAAUCAGCAAGAAAAUACAGUACCAUUUGUUUCUGGCAAGAAAGAUAUACCAGCUCAAGUGAAAACUACAGUAGAUAAAUCAGAAAGACUACUAAAAGUCAAGUCUUCAAAACGUGUCAAAGCCAACAAAAUCGUCACAAUCCAUACGAAAGAAGACAAAGAAGAAUAA